UCCUCUCAUCAACGUGCGCGACCGGCUCUUCCAUGCGCUUUUCUUCAAGAUGGCUGUCACCUACUCGCGCCUCUUCCCGCCCGCCUUCCGUCGUCUCUUCGAGUUCUUCGUGUUGCUCAAGCCGCCCAGCUUCUGGGCUCUUGCUACAGAGAUCAAGUUCCCCUCCCAGCCCCGCUCCCCAGCCUCUUCCUGUGGCACCUGUUCCUCUCUGCUCACUGCUGGCGGGAGCCGCCCUUGCCAUCCUCUUUGCCGCCUCGUGCCAGUCUCUGGGCCCAGCGAUGAGUAGGGUGACCAGGAGGAAGGGGGAGAGACGGCAGCCGGCAGGGCAGGGUCUGUGUCACAUCAGGCAGCCUCAGGCUGCGAGGAAGGAGGUGGGUAGCAGAAGCGGCGCAUGCAGAGGCCCUGGAGCUGGCGGGACGGCGCAGCCGUGUGGCUGGUGAGUUGGAGCAUGGGGGUCACAGGGUGCCAGAGGUUGGGGGGCUGGAGCACCCAGGGCCUGUGAGGUGGCCAGGCCAGCUGGCAGGCAGAGGGCAGGAAAGGCCCUGGACAAGACUCCUGAAAUCCUGAGAGCGAGGUGGGCGGGGCUGCUGAGUACACCCUGCUUUCCCCGUGUGGGUAGGGCUGCCCUGUGUGUCUGAUGAUAGGUUGUAGGGGGAGGGAAGCCUGGGCAGACAGCUUGUUCCAUGGUGGGGAAACAAGUCCAGAUCUGGGGCAAGCCUUGUCAAGGGGUGAGAGAGUCUUGGCCUACCUCUGGGGACCCACACACUCAGUCAAGGGUGAUGGACCCCACCUGGGGUUUCAGGACCCAGAUAAGGACAGUGAUGGGGCAGACACCAGUGAGGGGUGCUGGAGGGGGCGCCAGGGUGACAGUGGGGUCAUGGGGGCCACUCAGCGAGGUCAUGGUGCCACCAGCCCCCCGUCCGUUCAAGUGCCCCUGCUCUCGGGGCCCAGCUGGCCCUGCCUGGCGUGUGUUCCAGGUUGAACUCCUGGCUCCACCCCUCCUGGCCGCGUGGUCUCUGUGCCUUGGUUUCCUCAUCUGCAAACUGGGGGUGAUGGCAGGCACGUGUGUCUCCGGGGGAAGUGCUCGGGCAGCCCCUGGCAUCGGGCCAUCCUGCGUGUCAGCACUUUUUGUGGUAUCUCAUCACGUGUACAGCGUCGUCCUUAUGGCCCAGAGCAGACAGUGUCCCAGACACGGCUCUGCUGGACAUCUGGGCCCAGAGAGCACGAUUGGCGCUGUGGGUCAGCUCUCUGACCUCACCCUGCUGUGCUGUGGGUCCCACACUGUCAGGAUUCCCGUCGCCAGCUCCCAGGUCCCCAGACACAACGUUGGGGAGAGGUGCUGGGGGUCCCGAGUGACGCUUGGCCUGUGGCCACGUCUCAGGGCCCUGGCGCAGGCUGGCCUGUGGGAGGCUCUGCAGACGUGGGGGCCUCAGCUGGACUUCCCCACUGCCUCCCCAGCCCCUCCUCCCCAGGCAGGGUCCCAGCUCUGUUCUCAGCUCAGCAUCUGUCUGCCGUGACCUGAACCCCAGGGGCUUGGGAUGUGUAGUCUGUCUCUGCUUAAAUCAGCAGUGCUCUGAUUACCGCCCCGUCAGGACAGGAGCGGGUGCUCUGCUGUCCCAGCCCGUGCCCAGUCUGCAGGGCAGGCUCCAGAGAGGAAGCCGGGAGUUCCACGGCCAGCGCUGGCACCACCCUGUGGUGCUCCUGGCAGGGCAUGGAGAGGACGAGGUGCUGGCGGCCCUGCCGGUGGCCGCGUGGCCACCGGAAGUUCACCACACCCCUGAGCAUCAUUGUUGACAGGACAAGGAGCGGCUUCGUACUCUGGUCCCCCACGAUCAUUUGUACCACACAGGGAACUCACCCCGGGAGCGAUGCCCUUGACACGGCGUCCAGGCCGAAGGGUGACACUUGGCCAACCGGGACCCCAUGAGAAACACAGCGGUCAGACGGGGGCUCCUGGAGCAGGGGGUUGGGGUGACGUCAAGCAGGGCCUCUCCUCAGCACUGUGGACAUCGGGGCUGGGACGUUCUCUGUAGGGGGCCAUCCUGGGCACUGUGGGGUGUGGAGCAGCCUCCCCGGCCCUGCCUACUCGAUGCCGGGAGCCCCCCAGUCACGAUCACCACAGACGUCCCAAGAUGUGGCCCUGUGUCAGGAUCCCCCCAGUGAACAGUUAGGGCUGUCCCGUCUCACUCGGGGGACAGAGCGAGCCCUGCCAUGGGGCCGUUGGCAUGGCCAAGCGGGUCGGCUGUGUUCAGCGGCUCAGGCUGGCCCGGGAGAGGUGCAGAGGGCGGCCGGCCGGCGAGGGAGGCCAUUUUUAGCCAGUGAGGUCGGGAGUUUUCUCCUGGGGCAGCUGGGUGAUGGCACCACGUGCUCUGCUUGGGCCUGUGCUGACCGCCCCCCUCCCCCAGGCCCUGUUCGUGCUCUUCGUCCUGGCCUACAUCCACAUAGUCUUCUCCCGCUCGCCCAUCAACUGCCUGGAGCACGUGCGGGACGAGUGGCCGAGAGAGGGCGUCCUGCGCGUGGAGGUGCAGCACAACUCGAGCCGCGCGCCCGUCCUCCUGCAGUUCUGCAGUGGUGGCGGCAGCUUCCCUGGGCUGGCUGUGGGGCCGGGAGGCCUGGAGCUGGGGGGUGAGGACGACGAGGAGGAGCUGACCGUGGAGGUGUUUGGGAACAGCUCCGUCAAGUUUGAACUGGACAUCGAGCCCAAGGUGUUCAAGCCACCAGGUGGCCCCGAGGCCCUAAACGACAGCCAGGAGUUCCCCUUCCCUGAGACGCCCACAAAAGCGUGGCCGCAGGACGAGUACAUCGUGGAGUACUCGCUGGAGUACGGCUUCUUGCGGUUGUCGCAGGCCACGCGGCAGCGGCUUAGCAUCCCAGUCAUGGUGGUCACCCUGGACCCCACGCGGGACCAGUGCUUCGGGGACCGCUUCAGCCGCCUGCUGCUGGCUGAGUUCCUGGGCUACGACGACAUCCUCAUGUCCAGUGUGAAAGGCCUGGCGGAAAACGAGGAGAACAAGGGCUUCCUGCGGAACGUGGUGUCCGGGGAGCACUACCGCUUCGUGAGCAUGUGGAUGGCCCGCACAUCCUACCUGGCCGCCUUCGUCAUCAUGGUCAUCUUCACCUUGAGCGUGUCCAUGCUGCUGCGCUACUCCCACCACCAGAUCUUCGUCUUCAUUGUGGACCUGCUGCAGAUGCUGGAGAUGAACAUGGCCAUCGCGUUCCCCGCAGCGCCCCUGCUGACCGUCAUCCUGGCCCUCGUGGGAAUGGAGGCCAUCAUGUCUGAGUUCUUCAACGACACCACCACGGCCUUCUACAUCAUUCUCAUCGUGUGGCUGGCCGACCAGUAUGACGCCAUCUGCUGCCACACCAACACCAGCAAGCGGCACUGGCUUCGGUUCUUCUACCUGUACCACUUCGCCUUCUACGCCUACCACUACCGCUUCAACGGGCAGUACAGCAGCCUGGCCCUCGUCACUUCCUGGCUCUUCAUCCAGCAUUCCAUGAUCUACUUCUUCCACCACUACGAGCUGCCCGCCAUUCUGCAGCAGAUCCGCGUCCAGGAGAUGCUGCUGCAGACGCCCCCGCUGGGCCCUGGCAGCCCCACGGCCCUGCCAGAUGACCUGAACAACAACGGAGGCACCCCGGCUGCCACGCCCGACUCUACCAGCCAGCCCCCUGCCCUGGGCCCUGGCUUGCAGGGUGGUGGCGGAGGCCCUGGGCCCAUGGCUGAGGCACCCAGCUCCCUGGUGGCCGCGGCGGCCUCGGUAGCCGCAGCAGCCAGUGGUGACCUGGGCUGGAUGGCAGAGACGGCUGCCAUCAUCACAGACGCCUCCUUCUUAUCUGGCCUGAGCGCCUCUCUCCUGGACCGGCGGCCGGCCAGCCCCCUCAGCCCCAGUGGGGCGCUCCCUCGGGACCCCCAGGACAGUGCCCCCACAAGCGACUCCCCAGGGUCUGACACAGCCCCGCAGACUGCUGGGGUGAGUGGGCCCAGCCUUGCGUCCAUGGCUCCAGUGGAUGCGCCCUCAGAGGUCGGCUCCUGAGCCGUGGGCAGCUCACCGCCUCUGUCCCUGGCCAUCCAGGCCAGCUGGGUGUGACCUGGCUGGAGCCCUCCGGGGUCAGGGAGGCUGUCCCCAAUGGCUCUGGGACUGCUCAGCCUGCCUUAGGCGGUAUUGGAGUCCAUCAGGUUUGCUUGGAGGCGGGCUUCUCUCCCCCAGGGCAUGGGGCCUGCCUGCAGCCUGUCCCUGUCUAUGGUGGGCCCACUCGGCCGGCUGAUGAGCCAGGGUGGGAGAAGGGAUGGGGGCUCCAUGGAAGGUUCUGCAAUGGGUUGGUGAAAGGUCCGGAGUGAGCUGUCCCAGGGCAAAACGGGCAAGCCUCUGAGCAAGGUGAAACGAGUGGGGCCGGCUCAGCUGGUGCUCCCUCGUGUGCAGUGCCUUUCCACCGCCAGCCCACACGCCCAGGCUGGGGCCCCGGACGCGGCCACGGGGGGCGCCGGGGUCCUGCCCUGCUCGGGGUGAAGACACGGCUGGUGGCCCAACCCAAGUUACACCGUGAGGAAUGGAGCAGAGGGCUCAUUCCACUCUAUUUAAUUGCAGUGUACAAAAUGGUGUUUGUAUAUAGAAUAAACUGUUGACAGCGUC